GUUGUCAUCGCAUUUGCACGCAUUAAAUUUAAUUGCUUUGCUUACCUACAAUUUCACCAAUAAUUUUGUGAAAAUUAUUUUAUGCGGAAACAUUUUUAUACGCAAAUCUUAUACUUUAUUGUAUGCAUUUUUCGAUAAGCGCUUAACUAAUAUUUUUGGGAUAAUUAAAAAAAAAUCAAUUACGCUCCGUCGAGUAACUUACGUUGUGGCAAAAUGUUAUGGCAGGAACUUUUCGCUUCAAAUAACAAUCGGGUUAUUACUCUGGUUAUAAUUGGUUGGCUUGCCGCUACCGGAAAUUGUGAAUUUGGUGCUUUUGAAAAACUUGUCGUUCCCGAUACUUACGCCGUACCUAGCACUUCAGCAUCGACACAAGGCCGCUCUUAUGCGCCACGUUCCUACUACGACGCCGGCACCGAGUGUACGGUGGGCACGGAAUGUACGCCGCUACACGACUGCACGGCAUUGAUCUAUGAAGUGGCGAAGCGUUGCUAUUAUGGCGAUAAAUCGUUAUUUUGCGGUGGAGGUGAAGAAAUGCCAUACGUCUGCUGUCCAAGUAGUCCGCUCGAGAAGAAUCAAGUGUGCGGCAAAUCGCUGGUGCAAGGACACUUCUAUCGUGGCCUAGGUACGCAUCCGUUCGUGGCGCGCGUCGGUUUCAAGCAUAUCAACACGGGUGCUUUCGCAUAUCCUUGCGCUGGUUCGGUCAUCGCACGACGCGUCAUUUUAACAGCUGCUCACUGUGCUUUGGCCAAGGCAGAAGGACAUCGACUCUCGUCGGUACGCGUGGGUGAAUACGACACUUCCACCGAUCCGGAUUGUGCGAGCACAGGAUUUUGUGCGCCUCGCUCUGUCAACCAUGCAAUUAGCCAUGUGAUUGUACAUCCAGACUAUAAACAGGGCCAGUAUCAUCAUGAUAUUGCUUUAUUGGUGUUAAAAACGCCGCUCAACUAUUCAGUCGCCACUCAACCAAUUUGCCUACAAAAGUCGCGUACAAACUUGGUGGUGGGUAAACGAGCGACGAUCGCUGGCUGGGGUAAAAUGUCUACCUCCAGUACACGUCAACCAGAGAUGGCGCACUUGGAUGUGCCAUUAACCAGCUGGGAUUUAUGUUUGCGUAAUUAUGGCUCGACCGGUGCACUGGAGUCGCCCAAUUCCAUAGAAGGACAGUGGAUGUGCGCAGGCGGUGAGGGUAAGGAUGUGUGUCAGGGCUUUGGCGGUGCACCGCUUUUCAUACAGGAAAAUGGUAUUUACUCACAGAUCGGCAUAAUGUCCUUCGGCUCGGAUAAUUGCGGCGGCUUGCGCAUACCAAGCGUUUACACAUCCGUCGCGCAUUUCGCUGAGUGGAUACAUGAUAAUACGCCGCCGGAAUAAGCGGUAUGACAACAAAGAAUAAACGUCGGAGAGUAAAUUUUAAUUCGAGCGCAAAAUUUCGGUGCGUUUUUUUAAGACACAUACAUGCAUAUGUAUGUAUGUCAAUGUGAAGAUUUUCAAGCAAUAUUAAAACAAUUACUAAUUGUAUUAAAUUUUUUAUUCGUAUUUAUUAACAAUACAUUAAAUUAUUUUUGGUAUUAAAUACAUGAUACUGCAAUAUUUAUUCACAUUACAUGUGUAUGUAUAUUUAUGAGGUACAUAUUCGUUAUACAUAUGACCUCGCUAGACUUUUUCUUGUGGCGAUUUACGAAGUCGUGGAUCUAUUCCAAUAACCUGACCAAUGAUGUU